AUGUCUGCCACUUGCGUAAUUGAGUUUGAAGACAAUCCAAGAAAAAUCAUUUAUGCCGGUCAGUUGUUGCGGGGCAUGGUACGACUGAAUUUGACGGAGAACACCAAUGUUCGUAGUGUGUACGUUCGCAUAAAAGGAAAAGCGUUUGCUAGUUGGAAAAGUGGCAAAACUAAAGUAGAAGCCAAAGAAAAGUAUUUGGAUGAAAAAAUGUAUUUGGUGGGCUCAUAUGUAGCAGGUGAAAUUAGUUUGGAGGCAGGAAUGCACGAAUAUGCAUUUGAAUUCAUAAUGCCAUCUAGCGUUCCAUCGUCGAUUGACGGAAAAAUUGGACACAUCAAAUACACUGUUCGAGUUGUUCUCGAUGUGCCACUAUGGAUGAGCAAGGUCUUCAAAGAGGAAUUCACUCUGAUCAAAGCACUUAAUUUGAAUGACCAACAAUCGUUACGACAACCACUCACUGUCGAAGAGAUUAGUGGAGUUUUGCCGUUUUGUCUGCAGUGCUUUGAUCGGAAUCGAAUAUAUAUCCUUGCCCGAGCACCUGUCAGCGGAUUCCUGCCACGUCAAACAGUCAAUUUGGAAAUCAAUGUUCAAAAUCGAAGCAGUGUGGCAAUCUCUCAUUUCACAAUAGAAUUGAUCCAAUUGAUCACAUACUUGAAGGAUUACGACUGCUGCGGAUAUAAAUCAAAUUAUAAAAAACAAGAAGAGAAAUCGUUAUUCACAGGAACAAGCGAUGGCUGUAAUGAAGUUGAAUAUAAAACAAUUCAUAUAGCUGCCGAAAUACCACCAACUCCACCCACCGAAAUUUUGAUGAGCAAGGUCGUUAAGGUCACAUAUUUGAUUCGUGUGAAAGCGUGUACGCCAUUGCUCUAUAAAAAUGUUAUUCUCAAUCUUCCGAUCACGAUUGGCUCAUAUCCAUUCCAGGAUAACGUGAUGUCUUAAGUUUUUGCGACCUUAAUUGCUUUCAACACCAAAUUAAUGCACUAUUUUAUAAACAAUUUUUUAAAAAAAAUUUUAUGGUCAAGAUUUCAGAGCGACCAAGAGCGCUUUUCAGAGCGUUAUCAAUAUAACUAUUUAUUCGUGACAAUACAAAGCUUAAUUUAUUUUUGUGAGAACAAUCAAGAACAAUGUUCGUUUGUAUUCAUAUAUUAAUGUUUUCAAUUGAAGAUAAAUGUUUAAUAAAGAGAAACGUGUCAAUUAUUGAUUAUUGCAUCACUUCAUGAAUUCCAUUAACUGCCAUAUCGUGACUGAUUUGCUAUUACUUUCCGAUUUGAUUUCCGAGGAAAACGACAGACGAUAUGAACUUGAAAUUGUUUUUGAUUG